AUGUCUCCCUCGACCUACCAGGACAAUGCGUCACUGACCACUGAUGGGCUGGACCAGCACGAAACAGGUGGUAAAGACGCCGUGACGGGGAAGGAAUCUGAUGCCUCGCGGAGACAAGAAGCGUAUAAUGUGGAUCCAUUCCAAGCGCAUAAAGAUGCUGGACACAAGGAUUACGUCGAAUUCAGGACGUGCGGCUGGAUCACUGCGGGUGUCGUGACUACUGCUGAGGCUAUCGCGCUUGGAACAUUGUCGUUUCCUUCUACAUUCCUCAGAUUAGGUAUUGUUGGAGGCGUCAUCUGUACGCUUCUUGCCGGAUUCCUGACCUGUAUCACUACGUUUAUCAUUGUCGACUUCAAACUUCGGCAUAUGGGCUGUACGAAUUGGCCAGAAGUCGGGACAGUACUCGGUGGAAAAGUUGCCAAUCGGAUACUGGCCGUGGGUCUCGUGGCAAAGUGCAUCGGUAUCGCUGGAUCUCAUGUUCUGGCCGGACAGGAAGCGAUCACAACCAUACAUGGUAACGCCAAUGUCUGUAGGAUCGUUUGGGGAGUUAUCACGGCCAUUGCUAGUGUGAUUCUCUCUUACCCUCGCAAGUGGCAUGGGAUGCACGUACUCUCCUAUAUUUCGAUAUCGUCCAUAUUGAUCGCCUGUAUGGUUACCAUUGUCGGGACUGGAGUCCAGAACCCAGACGUUUUGACCAAAGGAGGCGCUCCAAUCGAAUGGUACGCUACGCCUCAAGAUGCUUCACUCGUCACCAUCAUCGGUGCAGCUACGAAUGUCAUUUUCGCCUAUGGUGCUGUGACUGGUGCCUUGUCAUUCUGCUCGGAGAUGCACACGCCGAAAGACUACAAAAAGUCCAUCUUCGUAUACCAGCUCGUUUCACUCGUUGUAUAUCUCUUGACAGGAGCCCUCAUCUAUGUCUUUGGCGGACAGUAUACUACCAGUCCUGCGAUGGGCAUGACGACUAGGCCGGUACAGAUAGUCGGAUAUGUUUUUGCUCUCAUCACUAUCCUCAUUUCUGGUGUGGUGGGAACGAACAUCGGUACAAAGCACCUCUACGUGUCUCUGUUGCGGAACUCUCAUCUUUUAACCAGCGGCGGUUGGAGAGCCCAAGGUUUCUGGAUCCUCUGCGUAUUAUUCAUGUGGAUUUUGGGCUUCAUUCUCUCUCAACUGAUCCCGUUCUUCAAUCAACUUUUGACCAUCGUGUCGUCCAUUUUCACCGUUUGGUUCUGCUUUGGUCUACCUGGUUUCAUGUGGCUUCACUUGAGACACCCAUACUUUGCCAAUUCUCCUCAGGAUAAGGCUGCACGAACCGAAGAUCUGAAAACUGUUUGGAGAAGGAUGGAAUAUAUCGUGGUGGCUUUUAGCAUCAUCAUCAGUUUCGCCAUCACUCCGUUGGGUCUUUACUCUGCCAUUGAGGGCAUCAUAUCUGGGUAUCACAACGGUUCCUUCAAGCAUCCAUUCUCGUGCUGA